CAGUUCCCUCCAGCUGCAGAGCGCUUCAGUUUCUGUCUUUUUUUAAACUAAAAUGGAGGCCGGUUUCUUGCCUUAAGGAAUACGCUGCCUUGCCCGGCGGAGCCUAGAUGUUGACAUGUAACAGAGCCGGCAGCAGGAUGGUGGUUGACGCAGCCAAUUCCAACGGGCCCUUCCAGCCCGUGGCCCUUUUGCACAUCAGAGAUGUUCCUCCUGCUGAUCAAGAAAAGCUUUUUAUCCAGAAGUUACGACAAUGUUGUGUACUUUUUGACUUUGUUUCUGAUCCACUAAGUGACCUAAAGUGGAAGGAAGUAAAACGAGCAGCUUUAAGUGAAAUGGUAGAAUAUAUCACACACAAUCGCAAUGUGAUUACAGAACCUAUUUACCCUGAAGUAGUACAUAUGUUUGCAGUUAAUAUGUUUCGAACAUUACCACCAUCUUCCAAUCCAACUGGAGCAGAGUUUGAUCCAGAGGAAGAUGAACCAACUUUAGAAGCUGCAUGGCCUCAUCUGCAGCUUGUUUAUGAAUUUUUCUUAAGGUUUUUAGAAUCUCCAGAUUUCCAACCUAAUAUAGCUAAGAAAUAUAUUGAUCAGAAGUUUGUAUUACAGCUUUUAGAGCUCUUUGACAGUGAAGAUCCCCGUGAAAGAGAUUUUCUUAAAACAACUCUUCACAGAAUAUAUGGGAAAUUCUUAGGCCUGAGAGCUUACAUCCGAAAACAAAUUAAUAAUAUAUUUUAUAGGUUUAUUUAUGAAACAGAACAUCACAAUGGCAUAGCAGAAUUACUGGAAAUACUGGGAAGCAUAAUUAAUGGAUUUGCCUUACCAUUAAAAGAAGAGCACAAAAUAUUCUUACUGAAGGUUUUGUUACCACUGCACAAAGUGAAAUCACUCAGUGUUUACCAUCCACAGCUGGCAUACUGUGUAGUUCAGUUUUUAGAGAAGGACAGCACGCUUACAGAACCAGUUGUAAUGGCAUUGCUGAAAUACUGGCCAAAGACUCACAGUCCAAAAGAAGUCAUGUUUUUAAAUGAACUAGAAGAAAUUUUAGAUGUUAUUGAACCAUCUGAAUUUGUAAAAGUUAUGGAGCCUCUUUUCAGACAGCUAGCCAAAUGUGUGUCCAGUCCACACUUUCAGGUUGCAGAGCGCGCAUUAUACUACUGGAAUAAUGAGUAUAUUAUGAGUUUAAUUAGUGAUAAUGCAGCAAAGAUUUUACCCAUCAUGUUUCCAUCCCUAUACCGGAAUUCAAAGACACAUUGGAACAAGACAAUACAUGGCUUGAUAUACAAUGCUCUGAAACUCUUCAUGGAGAUGAACCAAAAACUGUUCGAUGACUGCACACAGCAAUUUAAAGCAGAAAAACUGAAAGAGAAGCUAAAAUUGAAGGAACGGGAAGAAGCAUGGGUUAAAAUAGAAAAUCUAGCCAAAUCAAAUCCCCAGUACCCAACGUAUAGUGACACGAGCUUGCUGAACAGUCCAGUUGCAAUGGAAACAGAUGGGCCUUUAAUUGAAGAUUUGCAGAUGCUGAAAAAGACAGUGAAAGAAGAGGCUUGUCAGGCACAGAAAGAUCAGAAAAAAGAUCGUCCUCUCGUGCGACGCAAGUCAGAACUGCCUCAGGAUAUCUAUACCAUGAAAGCCUUGGAAUCACAUUGCAGAGCUGAUGAAUUAAUAUCACAUGAUGGGCAUUAAGCUAUUACAGUGAAAUACUAUUUUGGAGGAACAGUUUUUUUGUUUUUUUUCUGGACUCAGUUCUACAGUAGAACUUAAUUUUUUGUGCCAUACCUAUCGGUUACACACAAAGUCAAAGUUUUCUUCAACCCAGUUCUGUAGGCAAUAACUUAAGAGAUUAUGCAGCUCAAGAUUAGUAGUUCAAACAAUGGUAAACUACCCAGUUCCGUAUGCAAAAUAUUGGGUUGACAAUAAUCAAGUGGACACAAUUUCCUGGAGGUGUUAUCAUAGUACCAACUAGCUGAUAACAUGCAAUUUUUAUAAUCACAUUUGAGAAGAGCAUUCUAUAAACUAAUUCCAUCUAAAUAAAUGAAUGACCAAUAGUUGGUACUAACGAUAAAUGUGCGUUUUCAAAAGUAAAAUUAUAUCAAUUUGAGUAUUAAACCUUUUGUAGGAUUUCUCAACUUUAUAGUUGUUUCCACAUUGCUAUCUUGUAAUAUACCAGCAGUUUUGAAAGUACGUAAUUAUUCUUUCGUACUAUAAAACAUGGCUUACAAACUGGUACCUGUCAUGACAAUCCUUGAUCAUGAUUCCUUUCUAAGGGUUCUGUAAAUUCAUUUCUUCUUUACUUAGGAUAAAGAUAUAUAUAUAUAGAUAUAUAUAUAUUCCAUGUCCUAAUACUUUAUGUAUAUUUAAAGCCAUAUUUUCCAGUCUUCAGUAUAUUAUAUGGCACCAGUAUUCCAGAAAUGAACUGGUAAAAUAAUUUUUCCUAAAAAAAAAGGUGUUUACUAUGACUGGGAAUAGAUUGAAUAUAAAAUUUCAUUUUAACUUUUUUUUCCAAGUCAAUAAAAUACUCUUUCACUGUUUUCUCCCUUAUCUGAGCUUUUAAUACUCAGCAUUUUUCUUGGGCUCUAAGAGUUCAGUAUUCCAUGGCAGAUAUUUUGUGUCAUUUCAGCUGCAUCAGUUUUUAUCUGAAAGAUGAGCAUAGCCUUUCAGGAAACAAAACUUCAAAAGCUUAGGAUAAAAUAAAAGGAGAGAAAGAGCAGACAGUUGAAUUCCAUUCUGCUUCUUUUUUUGAGUCUAAGAGCUGGGGAGAUAGUGACCAUAACUUUAUUGUGAAAAUAUUUUUGUUGUUGUAAAGAGCACAUGUGCUGCAAAUACACCUCACAAGUGAACUGAAAACGCAUCUGAAUUGCUGAUGAUCUUCAAAUGCUGCUAUAUAUUCCACAAGAUUACUUGCAUGUAUUGAGCUUUUUGUUGUAGAUGGAAAAGCACGGGAGGAAAAUCUUUUUUAAAAUAUAGUUCUUUGUCUUCAAUAUUUGAUUUCUCUCAGGGUGGCCAGUAUUUUGACUUACUUAUCUUGCUUACAAGCUGUUUGAAAUGUGUUCUGCUAUUCUAAAUGGGUGACUAGUUUCCUUUGUCUCUGGCAGUAACAUGAUAUAACUUAAUGUAUAAUGUCUUGAUGCAUAAAGAGAUAAAAAUGUGGCUUCUUUAAAAAUAGUUUUGUUUUAUUUUUUAAGGAAGUAUAAUGUCUCCUGCAUCCAUAAAGAUAUUGCACAAAGCAGACAUUCGUAGUAACCUUGUGCAGAUGCUGUGCCUGCUGUUUGUUGGUUGCAUUUUUAACAUACAAUUUCCAAUAUUUGUUGUCUAUUGGAAGAAAAUUGUCAGCAGUAGAUAUUGGCUUACAAGAACUAAAUUUAAAGACCAACCCAACCUUUAAGUGGAAUGUCCACUGCGUCUGAAACAUUUCCUGUAAAACUUGAAAAAGAUUAUGCUUUACCAUAAGGAUAAACUCUUAUUAGAACAGUUUAAAGAUGCCUUCUCCUUUUGAGGGAAAAAGGGUGCUUUUUUAAUUGUGUAAAGCAGUGUCUAUGUAUUUUGAUAUACCAUUGUUUGAACUUCCAUCUUUAGCUGGUAGGUUAUCAGUUACCUUUGAUUUUGGGUGUUCAGUAUGUUUGUGCAAGAGGUUGCUGAAAGGAAUUAUGUUACCCGAGAAGGGGAAGGAAAAAAAAUGUAUAUCAGUGUUUGAUCGACUGUGUGAUGCUCAAUGUAGAAGAACAUUUUUCACUGUCUAGAUUUAAUUUCUGUUCUUUAUUGAAGAUAAACAUUCACCAAAAAGAAAUAGAAAUAUGCUAUUUCUGGAGACUUAAAUUUCAUAUAGAUUCAUAUUUUAAGUUUGGGGCCACUUGUCAUUUAAUUAGGCAAUAUUCCAAAAUCUGUCACCACUGUUUAGCACGUUUAUUAUCAAUAAUUAUAUAUUUAUAAUCCUUUACUAAACAAUUCUAAAAAAACAAAAACAAAAAAACCCCAACAACAACAGAAAGGAAGAAAAAUUAAAGUAGAAUUUUGGUGACUGUUGUUCUUCAUAAAGUUCUGUGUUUGACACCUUUCCCUGUUCUCCAAAAUUACACCUGUACAUCAGGAAUGUCAAAAGUAAUAUUACAAGUGUCUUUUUAGUGUGGCUUCAGUAUGGCUUCAUUUUAAUAUUGUACAUACAUUGUACCUUGUUUUAUGGUAAUAAGUAAUAAAAAUGUAGACUUCA